GCCAGCGGGCACAUUCAUGUGAAACACAUCCGGUGCAACACUUGCGCCGAGCGGAAGUAGUAACCGUCUUUUCCGUCCGGCCUGAGUAGCUUGCGUUCCUGCUUUUAACAGUCCGUAAAACAAGGUACUACUAAAUGUUGAGCUAGGUUUUUUUUUAAUUGAAUUAAGAUGCCGGGAAGAUGAGUCGUACGUCGUAGCCCAGCGUCAGGCAAAAUAUGGCCGUUGUUUGCGCAGAGUUUUUAGACUGGGAAGUAGAGGAGUGUUCGCCCAGAGGUGCUAAACGUGAGAAGCAGCUCUCUGCGCCCCUCAGAAGGUUCUAUAGCCUAAACAGGAGGAAGUCGUUUGCUACCUUCGUGGCAUCCAAGAGGGUGGGCGGUCAGGAGGACGGACGACCGUCUUGGCGCUGCUGUGACCGCGUCUUCAACCGGGACGCCGCCAUUCACGAGCACGUCGCCAGGACGCACGCAAGCGAGAUCCAGCAGCUGGCACAGGCUGAGUGCGAGUGCACGCUAGGCCGGGUGGAAGAAGAACCUCAACAUCAGCAUCAGAACGACCGCGUGGACGUCACCGCGUGGAUCCCAGACAUUAGUCAUGUCCCCGAGGAGCACCUCGGAAAAGGCCCUGGUAAAGUUCUGCUGUAUUACCGCUACUGUCGAGUGGAGGAGCCGCACGUCAUCUGUGCUUGGCAGAGAACUUUGUGUGAGCUGCUGCACCUCACCGGCAAGGUGAGGGUGGCCACAGAGGGCAUCAAUGGGACCAUUGGGGGGACUCAUGUCGCCACGGACCUCUACAUGCAAGCCAUGCGCUCACAUCCUCUUUUCAACAUGGACAUAGAGGACUUUAAGACAAGCAAUGGCGGUCCAGACUGUUUCACUGGCCUGAAGGUCGGCGUCUUUAAGGAAAUCGUCCCAAUGGGAUUGGAUCCUGAAAUCCUGUCCUACCAACUCGCAGGAGUUCAUUUGGAACCUGAGGAGUUCCACAAAGAAGUGGAAGCACUUGUGUCCAAAGGGGAUUCGUGCGACGACACCAUCCUGCUGGACUGUCGCAACUUUUACGAGAGUAAAAUUGGGCAGUUCACUCGAUGUCUGGCCCCCGACAUCCGCAAGUUCAGCUACUUCCCAGACUACGUGGACCAGAACCUGGAGCUCUUCCGCGACAAGAAGGUGCUCAUGUACUGCACAGGAGGGAUCCGCUGUGAGCGAGGUUCCGCCUACCUCCGCUCAAAAGACGUCUGCAAAGAGGUUUACCAACUGAAAGGUGGAAUCCAUAAAUACCUGGAACAGUUCCCAGACGGCUUCUACCGCGGGAAGCUUUUCGUCUUCGACGAGCGCUACACCAUCUCCUCCAACCAUGACGUCGUCUCGGGCUGCAGCUACUGCGGGCGCCCCUGGGACCGCUACGAGCUGUGCACCACCCGCUUCUGCUGCCAGCUGGUGCUGUCCUGUCCCGCUUGCAGGUCGCACGGGCACACCGCCUGCUGCCCCACCUGUCGCAGCAAAGGACGGGAUGGCGAGCCCACGCGCAGAGAGGAGUGCGAGUGCACCGACGGACGCCCCAGAAUCCCUCAGGACGUGAAGUGACCGGUUAAAUGUCAUCGGUCAUUUCAUUAGGUACACCUGCGUCAUCCAUUUAGAAAAAGUUGGAUCGGAAUUUCCUUUAAAGAUGUGCCAGGUUUUGACUCUCUUCGCAGGUUAAUAAGCUGCAACCAUGACUAAUAAUAUUUGUACAUAGCUGCCCUUUUUAGUUGUGUACGUUUGCUCCCAUUGGCUGUUUUUAAUCAAUAAAGGACGGCUCUGAUAUUUUCCAGGUAA